CCUAAAACGAGGACUGAGAGGGUUCCCAAAAAGAAAAGAAAACGCUGUUGGGUGCUCAGGUUCCACUACUGGAUUCUGACAGGGAUCAGAAGAGAGAUCUGCCAGGAGUGACCCAACAAAGGCACCUGCAUGGUCUUGCUGCCAAGAAAGAGCUAUCCAAGCACCUAUUCUUUCAAAGGAUACAAAUUCAAAACACAGCUGUCUGCGACCUUGGGAGACCUAAUGAGAAUCUGCAAACAAGCUUAUUCCUUGAAGAAUGCGUUCCAGAAGCAGCAACACUGAGGGCUCAGCCCCAAAGCAAUUCCCAAGACGCAGCAAAUUCCCCAGUCUCCAGGAAGUGAGGCACAAAGGGCGGGACAAAGACCCUUCGAGAGAGACAGAUGGGGCCCUUCCACAUCCCACAUCAGAGAAGUCACACACUGGCAAAGGCCACCAAGCAGAAGACCUCUCAAGAGAUGACUUACUAUUUCUCCUCAGCAUUCUGGAGGGAGAAUUGCAGGCUCGAGAUGAAGUCAUAGGCAUUUUGAGGGCUGAAAAAAUGGACUUGGCUUUGCUGGAAGCUCAGUAUGGGUUUGUCACUCCAAAAAAGGUGCUGGAGGCUCUCCAGAGAGAUGCCUUCCAAGCAACGUCUGCCCCCUGGCAGGAGGACAUCUAUGAGAAACCAAUGAACGAGUUGGAUAAAGUCAUAGAAAAACAUAAAGAAUCGCACAGACGAAUUUUGGAACAACUUUUAAUGGUAGAAAAAUCCCACAGGCAAACCAUAAUGGAGAUGGAGGAAGAAAAGAGAAAACAUAAAGAAUAUAUGGAAAAGAGCGAUGAAUUCAUAAACUUAUUGGAACAGGAAUGUGAAAGAUUAAAGAAGCUAAUUGAUCAGGAAACUGAGUCCCAGGAGAGGAAGGCACAAGAGAAGGAGAAGAGGAUCAAGGCCCUGAAGGAGGAGCUGACCAAGCUGAAGUCUUUUGCUUUGAUGGUGGUGGAUGAACAACAAAGGCUUACAGCCCAGCUUGCCCUUCAAAGACAGAAAAUCCAAGACCUGACCACAAGUGCCAAGGAAACACAUGGUAAACUAGCCCUUGCUGAAGCCAGAGCUCAGGAAGAAGAGCAGAAGGCAACCAGACUAGAAAAAGAACUACAAACACAGACCACAGCGCUUCACCAGAACCAAGAGAAAAUUAUGGCGAAGCUCACCAAUGAGGACAGUCAAAAUCGCCAACUCCGCCAAAAGCUGGCAGCACUCAGUCGGCAAAUUGAUGAGUUAGAAGAGACCAACAGGUCUUUAAGAAAAGCCGAGGAGGAGCUGCAAGAAAUAAAGGAAAAAAUCAACAAGGGAGAAUAUGGAAACACUGGCAUCAUGGAUGAAGUGGAUGAGCUCAGGAAGCGUGUGCUGGAUAUGGAGGGGAAAGAUGAGGAGCUCAUAAAAAUGGAGGAGCAGUGCAGAGAUCUCAAUAAGAGGCUUGAGAAAGAGACAGUACAGAGUAAAGACUUCAAACUAGAGGUCGAAAAACUCAGUAAAAGGAUUACGGCUCUGGAAAAAAUAGAAGAUGCUUUAGACAAAAGCAAACAAGAAUGCUACUCUCUGAAAUGCAAUUUAGAAAAAGAAAAGAUGACCACAAAGCAGUUGGCUGAAGAACUGGAGAGUUUAAACACUAGGAUCAAAGAGCUAGAAGCCAUUGAAAGUCGGCUAGAAAAGACAGAAUUCACUCUAAAGGAUGAUUUAACUAAACUAAAAACAUUAACUGUAAUGCUUGUAGAUGAACGCAAAACAAUGAGUGAAAAAUUAAAGCAAACUGAAGAAAAGUUACAAACCACUGCCUCCCAGCUCCAGGCAGAGCAAAAUAAAGUGACGACAGUGACUGAGAAGUUAAUUGAGGAAACUAAAAGGGCACUCAAGUCCAAAAGUGAUGCCGAAGAGAAGAUGUACAGUGUAACUAAGGAGCGAGAUGACCUCAGAAAUAAACUGAAAGCAGAAGAAGAGAAAGGACGUGAUCUGCUGUCCAAAGUUAAUAUACUGAAAAACAGGCUUCAGUCACUGGAAGCAAUUGAGAAAGAUUUUGUUAAAAACAAAUUAAAUCAAGACUCCAGUAAGUCCACAACAGCAUUACACCAAGAAAACAAUAAGAUUAAAGAGCUCUCUCAAGAAGUGGAAGAGCUGAGGCUGAAGCUAAAAGACAUGAAAGCCAUUGAAGAUGACCUCAUGAAAACAGAGGAUGAGUACGAGACCUUAGAACGGAGGUAUGCUACUGAGAGAGACAAGGCUCAAUUUCUUUCUGAAGAGCUGGAGCAUGUUCAGAUGGAACUUGCCAAGUACAAGUUAGCAGAAAAGACAGAGUCCAGCCAUGAGCAAUGGCUCUUCAAGAGGCUCCAAGAAGAAGAAGCGAAGUCAGGCCAUCUGUCAAGAGAAGUGGAUGCAUUAAAAGAGAAAAUUCAUGAGUACAUGGCAACAGAGGACCUCAUAUGUCACCUCCAGGGAGACCACUCCAUUCUGCAAAAGAAACUAAACCAACAAGAAAACAGGAACAGAGACUUGGGAAGAGAGAUUGAAAACCUUACUAAAGAGUUAGAAAGGUACCGGCAUUUUAGUAAGAGCCUCCGACCUAGUCUCAAUGGAAGAAGGAUCUCUGACCCUCAAGUGUUUUCUAAAGAAGUUCAAACAGAAGUAGUAGACAAUGAGCCACCAGACUACAAGAGCCUCAUUCCUCUAGAACGAGCAGUCAUCAAUGGUCAGUUAUAUGAGGAGAGUGGGGACCAAGAUGAGGACCCUAGUGAGGAAUCUGUGCUGUCCUUCAAAUGCAAUCCAUCUACGUCCCUUCCUGUGAACAGGAAACUGUGGAUUCCUUGGAUGAAAUCCAAGGAGGGCCACCCUCAGAAUGGAAAAAUACAAACUAAGUCCAAUGGCAACUUGGUACAACCUGGAGAUCUAGUCCUAAGUCAUACACCUGGGCAGCCACUUCACAUAAAGGUUACUCCAGAUCAUGUCCAAAAUACAGCCACUCUUGAAAUCACAAGUCCAACUACAGAGAGUCCUCACUCUUACACCAGCACAGCGGUGAUACCAAACUGUGGCACCCCAAAGCAAAGGAUUACCAUUCUCCAAAAUGCCUCCAUAACACCAGUGAAGUCCAAAACCUCUACAGAAAGCCUUGUGAACUUAGAGCAAAGCAUGACCCCAGUUACCAUGGCAACCUUUGCCAGAGCACAGACCCCAGAGUCCUGUGGUUCUGUAACUCCAGAACGGACAAUGUCACCUAUUCAGGUUUUGGCUAUGGCCGGUUCAGCUAGUUCUCCUGAGCAGGGUCGCUCCCCAGAGCCGAUAGAAAUCAGUGCCAAGCAUGCAAUUUUCAGAGUCUCCCCGGACCGGCAGUCAUCAUGGCAGUUUCAGCGUUCAAACAGUAACAGUUCAAGUGUGAUAACUACUGAGGAUAAUAAAAUCCACAUUCACUUAGGAAGUCCUUACAUGCAAGCUGUCGCCAGCCCUGUGAGACCUGCCAGUCCUUCAGCACCACUGCAGGAUAACAGAACUCAAGGCUUACCUAAUGGGGCACUAAACAAAACAGCCAAUAAAGUCACCAGCAGUAUUACUAUUACACCAACAGCCACACCUCUUCCUCGACAAUCACAAAUUACAAUCAAAGGAGUAUGCAAGCAGAAAAUUCCAACAAGGAUCCCUAAACCCAAAUCUACAGGCAUCAGUAGACUUUCCAGCAAAACAGCCCUGGGACCUGUGGAUAAGCCUAGUCAUCAAAAUGGCUGUGAAAAAUUACACAUCAUAAGAACUGUUACCUCUAACACAUUCCUCCACAUAGAAGGGAAAAGGUAAGUCAUAACCAUGUACUGUCUAGGAAGAUUCAUCUCCAGAAACAUCCGGGAAGCUACAGUCACGGAAGGCCAGAGAAGAAUGGAAACGGAAAACGGUGAAGCAGCACGCUGUCCUACAGCUCACAGGCUGAUGGACCUGGUGAAGGGCAUGCCCAAAGAAGCAGUGCAUGUGUACUUUCCAACUCUCUCUAGAGCAUACAUACACACUCUCUAGUUCACAACUGUACACCACUCAAUUCCUCAUGGCACUUGUAACCUGACUCAAACCUGGACUGCAGCAUCAGCUCAGGACAAAACUGGAUCCACUACUAUAGCUCAAGAGCCUUUUGUAAACAAAGAAGCAAUCUUUCACUCUACAGAUCUUUAUCACAUAAUCACAUGGGACAAGAAAAUGGACUUGCAAGAAUUCCUGACUUAUUCGUGAAAGCAGGAUGAUUUCCACCAAAAUGACAUAACAAUUAAAAUCAAACUUUAAGGUCUAAAAACCAUCAUCUUUAUGACUAUGAGAAAGAAAAGUAGUAAUUCUUAGCUAUAAGGAGAGAGAAACAACAAAAUUAGUAAUAGCUAAUUACAUCCUUGGCGUGGCCAACCAAUAAUCACUGAUGUGUACAUACUUGACUGCUAGCACUCAGCCACUCAGCCUCCUCUACCAUUUUUAUAGCAGAUUUCCCCUCCUAAAGAUAAAGUUAUAGAAUCAUAUUGCUUUGCAUGUAAGAUUAAAAAGUCUUCAGAUUAGCAUUGUGGCUUUCUAUAUUAAUCAGAGCAUAUGAGAAUCAAUGGUCACUACUACUGAAACCUUAGAGGGAAAUAUAAAUCACUGUUCUGGUUCUUCAAAAAAAAAAAAAAAGAGCAAUAACUUAUCAUUUCAUAGGGCAUCUUUAUUCACAUCCCUUCCCUCAAUGUUAUACAAAAAGAUCAGCAGAUUCAACAAACACUUUGGCCCAGGAGACCCAGGAUGACAUUUACAGAAUACUGCAUUCAGUCAUCUACAGGCUGCACACAUUACCCGGGCAGUAGUAACAUGCAGUCACUGUUCUAUCUCAUUCAAGCUUGUGUCACUGAUCAAGAGAAAGGAGUGAUUAUAAUUCAGUGUGGACACUGGUGCAAUGACAUUUUUAAGAUGAGGCAUUUUAGACUAAAGAGAUUUCACAACUUCACAAAGCCCCAGGGACUGGGGUGUCAAUGAUUUCUAUGACCCAUCACCGAACACUGGAGGCCUGGGCCUGGAAGAAAUCUUCCUGGCUGAGGACUACACUUCAGCCAGCUUUCUACAAUGAGCCCCAAAGCAGAAGAAAGAACUGCCAUUCCCCACACUCACAUGGCUAAUCUAUUUCAAUGCAUACAUUGAUGCCACAAUAUAACACCCCGGGGGCCAUUUAAUGAAGAGAGGAAUGGGGGAAAGAGAGGGAGGGACAGGAGGAGGAAGCAGAGGAGGAAGAGGAGGAAGGUGGGCAGCACUGAGUUAUGCUAGUUAAAGAGGAAUGGUGCAGAGCACCAGGCAAGUGGCAGCGGAAGACUGUGGGGAGGACAAGUUAUGAGACUGGAACAAAAGCCAAAGUUAAAGGGAAGCCGUAAGUGAACAGAAAAGAGACU